AGAUAUUGCCGUGGAUAUAUUAGUUCUAAGCAUUUAACAGUCAUCAGUUUUCCUCUCUCACACGUUGAGCAUUAAAUUAUCUUCCUCUUCGCUGUCCCUGUCACGUUUAUAGAAGUGGGCUCUGUAUUUUUUUGUACAGAUGGUUAAAAGGACCCCACAUCUUUACCUCACAGUUUCUGCCUCUUUCCGACCUUUCUCUUUAGCUGCAUUUGCUGUAAAUGCAGCCGCUUAAUUGCUUUAACCAUUUCUUAUGAUGGGGAAGAAAGGAGGCAGCUCCUGGUUGACCGCGGUGAAAAGGGCUUUUAGAUCUCCUACUAAAGAAAGUGAUAAAAAGAGUAGCAGAAGACGAGAAGAUGAGGACCUAGAUGAAGAUGAUGAUAGGGUCUUGUGUUGUUCUGCACUCCAACUUUUUUUUUUUUCUAAACAAAAGAGAGAAAAGAAAAGGUGGAUUUUUAGGAAACCAACGAGCCAAGAAUCAGUCACGCAACAGACACCACCCAAAACUACUACAGCUUCUCAGAGUAGUACCGGUGCUGACCAUACAGCGGCGACUGCUGCCGAGCAGAGGCACGCUAUUGCAAUGGCGGUGGCUAAAGCAGCAGCUGCAGAGGCUGCAGUAGCCACCGCGCAGGCCGCGGUGGAGGUGGCUCGGCUCACUAGGCCCUCUAAUCAGGCCAGAGAGUAUUAUGCUGCCAUUGUCAUUCAGACGGCAUUUAGGGGAUAUCUGGCAAGGAGAGCUCUACGUGCGCUUAAAGGGUUAGUGAAGUUACAAGCUUUGGUUAGGGGCCACAAUGUGAGAAAACAAGCCAAGAUGACUCUUCGCUGCAUGCAAGCUCUGGUUCGAGUGCAGGCCCGGGUGUUGGAUCAGCGCAUGAGGCUCUCCCAUGAAGGAAGUAGGAAAUCUGCUUUUAGUGACACCAAUAGUGUUUUGGAAUCUCGUUAUCUCCAAGACAUUUCAGAUAGAAGAUCUAUGUCAAGAGAGGGAAGUAGCAUUGCAGAUGAUUGGGACGAGCGGCCGCACACAAUUGAGGAGGUUAAAGCCAUGUUACAGCACAGAAAAGAGGCUGCAUUGAAGCGUGAAAGGACCUUAUCUCAGGCCUUCUCUCAACAGAUUUGGAGAAGUGGGAGGAGUCCAUCAAUGGGCGAUGAAGGAGAGUUGGAAGAGAGACCCAAAUGGCUGGAUCGUUGGAUGGCUUCAAAGUCAUGGGACUCCAGAGGGAGAGCUUCAACUGAUCAAAGAGAUCCCAUCAAAACGGUAGAAAUGGAUACGGCAACAGCUCAACCUUACUCAUACUUAGCACCUAAUUAUCGAAGAACAAUGCAUCAAAACCAACAUCACCAAUAUCAACUCCAAAACCAAAGGCCUAGUUCACCUCUACAUAGAACCUACCAAAAUGCAACACACCACCACCACUCACCUGCCACGCCCUCGCCAUCCAAAUCUCGGCCUCUUCAAGUCCGCUCAGCAAGUCCUUGCUGUCAAAAGGAAGACAAAACCUACCGUACAUCCCAAACGCCAAGCUUAAGAUCCAAUUACGUUUACAAUGGUAUCGUGCACCAACAAGGAAGAGGUGAUUGCUCUAGUAAUAGUGGUAACACCAUUGGUGGUGCACCAUUGCCUAAUUACAUGGCAGCAACUGAGUCUGCCAAGGCUAGAAUCAGGUCCCAAAGUGCGCCUAGGCAAAGGCCAUCUACCCCUGAAAGAGAUCGUGUUGGCUCAGCAAGGAAACGACUUUCGUUCCCAGUCCCGGAUCCUAAUGGAGCUUAUAGACAUAACCUGAGGAGUCCGAGCUUCAAGAGCAUAAGUGGAUCACAUUUUGGAUUGGAGCAACAAUCUAACUAUUCUUCCUGCUGCACUGAGAGCCUUGGGGGAGAGAUUUCCCCUUCUUCAACCAGUGAUCUUAGAAGAUGGUUGAGGUGAAUCAACUUUAAAUUUUUUUCUUUAGAUUGUUUUCCAGCAGCCUAGGAUGUAAUGUAACGCUACAGGUACUGUCUUUUAUGUUUUCUGGAUUUCCUUUUUUCUUUUUGUUAUUUUCUAAUUUUUCACCUUACAAAUUUGGAAGUAAGGUGUAUCUAGACCACUCUCCCUGCUUGAAACUUGUUUUCUUCCAUAACCAAUCUAGUGUAAACUGUAAACUCUGUAAUUUGCUGAAGAUUUGUUCUUCCAUGAUUGAAAAAUAUUA